UUUACGGUGGAACAAUUGCAAGUAUUGAUAACGCUUCUGAAGCAGCUACACUUGGAGUUGAACUUACUAACUUGCCUGAUAAUGGAUACAAGGAACUCUUUAUAUCCGGAUGGACAGGUAUCGGAGUUUACUCGAACCAGCAGUCAGAUGGGAAGUGCCUUGUGAUCACAAAUUACAGAAACAAAGAUUUAAAUCCAGAAGUAUUUUAUGAUUAUUAUGAGGAUUGUUCUGGUCGCUCUGAGUUGCUAUGUGAAAUACCGCGACCUUCUGCAGGAUGCCCGAGUAAUGCCAAUGACUUUUUCAUUGACAAUAGUUGCUACUCGGUUGACUUUGUAUUUGAUGAGCAUGAUAGAAAUACAAUGAGCUGCCAAAUGAAAGGGGGGACUCUCGUUCGAAUUGACUCGCAGUACGAACUUACCCAGAUUGGCAUAAAACUGAAAGAGCUUGGUAUCGAAGGAAAGGGGACGUCAGAAUUCUCUGUAGACUAUUACAAUACAGCUGUAAUAGACCCACUGGAAACACCAGAUGAUAUUGAAUUUGAUGAAAACGGAGAAUGUUUGCUCUUCACGAACAAAAGAAAUGCUGUAACCGAACUGACCAAAUUUCGCUGGUUAUACCAGCCGUGUACCAAUAAUGCCAUGACAUUAUGUGAAAUGCAAAAACCCCUAACAGGCUGUCCACCUGAC